AUGGAAUCUGCAGUUGAGAAACAACACUGUGUGGAACUUAUUGCCCUUGAGCGAAGUGGCCACACAGCUGUAGUAGAGGGAAAUACUCUGCAUGUUUGGGGAGGCUACAUGUCAACCGCUGAGAGGGAAGUUUUCCUACCCAGUGAGGAAAUCUGGUUGUAUGACUUAGAAAGAGGUGUAUGGGAAAUGUGUCAAAUGUCAGGAGAGGUCCCACCCCCCAUGUCAGGCACCUGCAGCUGCUUUCUAAAUGGCCACAUGUACAUAUUCGGGGGAUAUGAUGACACGGGACAGACCAAUCAGCUUUACCGUGUCAACUUCCUGGAUCGGGACUACAUAUGGAAGAAAGUGAAAGCUGAGAGGGGCUCUCCUCCUUCACCCAGAGAUAAGCUGUGCUGCUGGGUUUUCAACAACAGGGUCACCUACUUUGGUGGAUAUGGUCACAAGACACUUGAUGACAUCACGGAUGACAAAAGCUUCAUCGUGGACACGGCAUCAUUGGAGCAGAACGUUGGUUGGGGAUGGAACAAUGAAGUCCAUGUUUUUGAGACAACACUAGCCAGCUGGAGGGAACCACAGACCUCUGGUCGUGCUCCUGCCCCCAGAGCUGCCCAUGCAGGUGCAACACUUGGUCAUAAAGGGUAUGUCUACGGGGGCAGAGUACUGGGAACCACACCAAGUGACAUUCAUUGUCUAGAUCUAGAAUCAUGGAUAUGGUCUGAAAUAGUGCCAACAUCCACUGUGCCAGGGGGAAGGUCGUGGCACAGUCUCACUGCAGUAUCUGAUAACACUUUGUUUCUAUUUGGUGGACUGAAUGUGGACUGCAAACCAAUGAGCGAUGGAUGGGUUUUAGACGUUGACACAAAGACAUGGAGGGAGUUGGACCAUCCAAACAACAACAAACCAAGGUUGUGGCACACAGCAAGCCAAGCCAAGGACUCUGACGUGGUUGUGUUUGGGGGUAGUUGUGACUACGUCCUCCUAGGAGGAACGUAUGAGAAUUUGACGGGCCACAGCAAUGAUGCACUUGUUUUCCAGACCCAGCCUUAUCCUCUCUUUCGGAUAUGUGUGGACUGCAUAGCAAAGAAUCUGAAUAACUGUAAGAUGCUUCAAAUCCAGCUUCCGUAUCUGCCCCGGAAACUACUGGAAGCUGUACAGAGGAGAACGUCCAGGAAUAUAUAAUGCAUAUAUUGUGCAUUCAGAAAGUAUUCAGACACCUUGACUUUUCCCUGAUUUUGUUACGUUACAGCCCUAUUCUAAAAUGGAUUAAAUCGUUUUUUUCCCCUCAUCAAUCUACACACAAAACCCCAUAAUGACAAAGCAAAAAUAGUUUUUUUGAAAUUUUAGCAAAUUUAUAAAAACAUUUUUUUAUUGAAAUAUCACAUUUACGUAAGUAUUCAGACCCUUUAGUCAGUACUAUGUUGAAGUACUUUUGGAAGCGAUUACAGUCUCGAGUCGUCUUGGGUAAUUCUAAGGAGGGGCUUCAGUCUGGCCACUCAACCAUAAAGGCCUGAUUGGUAGAGGGCUGCAGAGAGGGUUGUCCUUCUGGAAGGUUCUCUCAUCUCCACAGAGGAACUCUAGAGCUCUGUCAGAUUGACCAUCGGGUUCUUGGUCACCUCCCUAACCAAGACCCUUUCCCUCCGAUUGCUUAGGUUGGCCGGGUGGACAGCUCUAGGAAGAGUCUUGGUGGUUCCAAACUUCUUCCAUUUAAGAUUGAUGGAGGCCACUGUGUUCUUGGGAACCUUCAAUGCUGCAGAAAUGUUUUGGUACCGUUCCCCAGAUGUGCCUCAACACAAUCCUUUCUCUGAGUUCUACUGACAAUUUCUUCGACCUCAUGGCUUGGUUUUUGCUCUGACAUGCACUGUCAACUGUGGGACCUUAUAUAGACAGGUGUGUGCCUUUCCAAAUCAUGUCCAAUCGAUUUAAUUUACUACAGGUGGACUCCAAUCAAGUUGUAGAAACAUCUCAAGGACGAUCAAUGGAAACAGGAUGCACCAGAGCUCAAUUUUGAGUAUCAUAGCAAAAGGUCUGAAUAGUUAUGUAAAUAGGUAUAUCUGUUUUUUAUUUGUAAUAUAUUUGCAAUGAUUUUUUAUUUUUUAUGUUUUCGCUUUGUCAUUAUGGGGUAUUGUGUUUAUUAUUGUUUAAAUACAUUUUAGAAUAAGGCUGUAAUGUAACAAAAUAAUUUCCGAAGGCACUGUAUUUUAAAAUCUAAUGAAGAUUAUUUCAGAGGGAUGUUAUUCAACAGUAGAGGCUGCAGUAAAAGAGAUAAUACAGAACAGUAGAGGCUGCAGUAAAGAGAUAAUACAGAUCAGUAGAGGCUGCAGUAAAGAGAUAAUACAGAUCAGUAGAGGCUGCAGUAAAGAGAUAAUACAGAUCAGUAGAGGCUGCAGUAAAGAGAUAAUACAGAACAGUAGAGGCUGCAGUAAAGAGAUAAUACAGAUCACUAGAGGCUGCAGUAAACAGAUAAUGCAAAGCAGUAGAGUCUGUAGUAAGGUGAUAAUGCAGAACAGUAGAGGCUGCAGUAAAGAGAUAAUACAGAACAGUAGAGGCUGCAGUAAAGAGAUAAUACAGAACAGUAGAGGCUGCAGUAAAGAGAUAAUACAGAACAGUAGAGGCUGCAGUAAAGAGAUAAUACAGAACAGUAGAGUCUGUAGUAAGGUGAUAAUGCAGAGCAGUAGAGGCUGCAGUAAGGUGAUAAUACAGAUCAGUAGAGGCUGCAGUAAGGUGAUAAUGCAGAACAGUAGAGGCUGCAGUAAGGUGAUAAUACAGAUCAGUAGAGGCUGCAGUAAAGAGAUAAUACAGAUCAGUAGAGGCUGCAGUAAAGAGAUAAUGCAGACCAUUAGAGGCUGCAGUAAAGAGAUAAUACAGAACAGUAGAGGCUGCAGUAAAGAGAUAAUACAGAUCAGUAGAGGCUGCAGUAAAGUGAUAAUACAGAACAGUAGAGGCUGCAGUAAACAGAUAAUGCAGAUCAGUAGAGGCUGCAGUAAAGAGAUAAUACAGAUCAGUAGAGGCUGCAGUAAAGUGAUAAUACAGAACAGUAGAGGCUGCAGUAAACAGAUAAUGCAGAACAGUAGAGGCUGCAGUAAAGAGAUAAUACAGAUCAGUAGAGGCUACAGUAAACAGAUAAUGCAAAGCAGUAAAGUCUGUAGUAAGGUGAUAAUGCAGAACAGUAGAGGCUGCAGUAAAGUGAUAAUGCAGAACAGUAGAGGCCGCAGUAAAGAGAUAAUACAGAUCAGUAGAGGCUGCAGUAAAGAGAUAAUACAGAUCAGUAGAGGCUGCAGUAAAGAGAUAAUGCAAAGCAGUAGAGUCUGUAGUAAGGUGAUAAUGCAGUACGGUAGAGUCUGCAGUAAGGUGAUAAUACAGAACCGCAGAGGCUGCAGUAAAGAGAUAAUGCAGACCAUUAGAGGCUGCAGUACAGUGAUAAUGCAGAGUAUGUCUAUAUUUACAGGUUAUGUGGGGACAAUGUGGGUUAUGUGGGCCCUGCAAAACAUUUAUUCACGUAUUAUACCGUGUAUAAAACCACACACUUCAAUAGUCAAUGACCGACCUUGAUUAAAUACUCAUUUUAAUCUUGCAAAAUGAAAAAACAAAAAUGUAAGUAUUUCAGUGAGAUCAGUUGUCUCUUCAGGUGUGUCGUUUUCUAUGCCUAGGGCUAGGGUUAGGGUUAGGGCUAGGGUUAGGAUUAGGGUUAGGAUUAGGGUUCAGGU